AUGCCGUCGAUACAGUCUUCCUCGGCGGGCAUUCUCGGAAGCCUCUUCGAGCGAGCGCAGGACGCCAUCUUUGCUCUCUCGUCAUGCUUACCAUGCACGCCCGAGACAUCCGUGCUGAAGCUCAACGGUCGCAACUUCCAGAUUGUCAAGCUGCUAGGAGAAGGUGGCUUCAGCUUCGUCUACCUCGUCAAGGACCAGGACUCAGGUCGACUGUUUGCACUCAAGAAGAUCCGAUGCUCCGGGUUCGGCGCCGACUCGUUCCAGGAGGCGAUGAAGGAGAUCGAAGCCACCAAACGCUUCCGCUCACCGCACAUCAUUCCGAUCUACGACAGCUGCGUUGUGCAAGACGAUGCAGGCUCGGGCACACUUUUCGGCAAUCUCCCUUCGAAUGAUCCAGAAGGAGGCCGUGGGGGAGAUGGAGGUAAGGUGAUCUACCUCUUCCUGCCGUUCUACGAGAAAGGCAACCUGCAAGAUGCGAUCAACGCGCAUGUCGUACGAGGGACGCGGUUCGGAGAGCGAGAGAUGCUGCAGCUGUUCUUGGGGACGUGCAAGGCGGUUCGAGAGAUGCACCACUAUCGUCUGCCGAACGUAGGCGCAACACGCAGCGGCGGUGGUGCCUCGUCGAUACCGCGCAUGGAAGUGACGCCGCCUCAAGACCCCUUCUCGGACUCACAUGCUGGUGGCAACGGAGACGAGGCACCGCUCAUCUCGCACGACGGAACAGCAAAUGAUGAGAACGACAACUCUUCGUAUCCUCCGAAGCCGAACAAGGGCAAGGGCCGUGAUCUGGGCUAUGAUGGCGAGACGGUGCAACGACCAGCGCUGGACGGAGGACUGGAGCAAGGUGGCGCGGGUGAGCUGCUACCGUAUGCACAUCGCGACAUCAAGCCUGGCAACGUCAUGGUGGCGGAUGAUGGCAAGACGCCCAUCCUCAUGGACUUUGGCAGCACCAUCAAAGCGCGCGUCUACAUCAAGACGCGCAAAGAUGCCAUGGCGCACCAAGACAUGGCCGCCGAGCGCUCGUCCAUGCCGUAUCGAGCACCGGAGCUCUUUGAUGUGCCGACCGACGCGACGCUGACGGAGGCGGUGGACAUCUGGUCGCUCGGUUGCGUGCUGUAUGCGCUGGCCUACCUGCAUUCGCCGUUCGAGACGACACAGACGAUCGAGCAGGGCGGCUCGAUCGCAUUGGCGGUGUUGAACGGGUCAUACAAGACGCCGCCGAGCUCGGAAGAUCCGUACUCGGAAAAGACGCGCGAGAUCAUCAAGUGCUGCAUCCAGGUCAAGCCUGAGGAACGGCCAGGGAUCGAUCAGAUCAUCGAGCUUACACGGGCGGCUCUGCGUGGGUUGGAGUAG